AUGCCAACCGCCACGGUUUCCGUGUUCGAAAAGACAGAUGCUGUGGGGGGCACCUGGGCUAAGAACACAUACCCAAGGCUCAGCUGUGACAUACCCUCUCAGCUCUACUCAUAUUCGUUUGCGCCGAACCCUGACUGGUCCGAGGUGUACGCCUCCCAGCCCGAGAUCCUCGCCUAA